AUGGACACUAAGAACAACGGAGUGGAUUCCUCGCGAUGCAAAACUUCCCCGAGGAAGACCUCCAACGAGAUGGGCAGACGUGUUCGUGGAACGGAUGGACCAGCUGAGAACAGCUGGAUACGAUUUUCGCCCCUGGAACUCGUGGACGCAGCCACCGACGACUACCAAGAAGAUCGUGGAUGUCCGAAGCGAGGGACAGGGAUCAAUGGAAACUUCUGUGCUGGGGCCCGCACGUCACGUGAAGCCGGGCCAUCUAAGUAUCUAACUUCAAUACGGAACAUGAAGCUUUUAUACGUGAUACUUGCGGCGGCGCUUUUGGCUAUCGUUUCAACCGCACCCGUACCGUGCAAUGGGACUAAUUGUACCGGAUGUAAGAAGAAGAAGUAAGAUGGAAGGCGUUAUUGGAAGAAUCAUCCGCAGUUGGUGAAAUGUGAUAAGC